AUGGCAAACCUCACACCAUUGUUUAGACAGUGUGUCACUAUCAUCCAGACAGAACAUCCAAGUUUUAAAGAGCCAUCGCAGAAGACCGCUUCGCAAUUCAGACUGAAUGACACGUUUAUAAAGGAAUGUCAUCAACUGUUGAAAUGUUUGCUCGAAAUGAAGAAACUGGCCACCUCCAUUGAAUCACAGUAUUUGAACGAUGAUGAUCUUGAGAUGACUGAGGCUGAGAAGGACGAUUUUGAUACAGAAUAUAGGUUACAAUUCCAGAAAUACAUUCAGAAAUUCCAGUUGUUGGAAUCAUAUGAGAUUGAUAGACAAAAACUGGUCAAUGAAAACCUCUUAAAGAAACAGUCUAAUGUUCUAUUGAACUUGUUUCAUUCAUCCUCAGAUAAAGACAAUGUUAAGAGAUUGGAUAAGAAAACAUUACAAUCUCUGCAUCAAACAAAUAACAAUUUUAGAUUGGGCGUGUUACAGUCACUAUCUCUCUUGAUUGGCAUAGUAUCUUCCAAAUUUACAUCAAUGCAAGAGGAAAGGUUAUCAUUACAAAGGAAAUUUGAUGCCUUGAACUUGAAUUUCCCUCUAAAUCAUGACCAAUCAACCUCUGCAUCUUCACCGUUACCUUCCAUGACAAAUAUACCAAGUUCUGCCAUAAGCAUGACUGUAUCUGAAUCAGGCCCCGUGGAGACUACACAUGAAGAAGUGAAAAAUUAUGAAGAAACCAUGUCGAUUCUGACACAACAACAAAUUCAAUUACUUGAAUCAGAACAUGAAGAAUUAUUAAAUGAUAAAAAUGAACAAUUAAAGAAAAUUGAAAUGAUAAAUAAAUCAAUAUUGGAUAUUGUUUCCAUUCAGACAGAAUUAUCGUCACAUUUACAAAUACAAUCCCAAAAUAUCAAUACAGUCUUGGAUAACCAAGAUGACAUUGAAUUGAAUAUUAAAGCUGGUAAUAAGCAAUUGCAAAGAGCACAACGAUCUGCAGGUAAAACAGCGAGAUUGACCACAUAUCUUGCUAUAAUAUUUGGUAUAUUGAUUCUUUUCUUAGAUUAUAUAUCUUAA